AUGGGUUCUGCUGCUGCUGAUUUCAGGCAGUCGAAGCAAUCCCAAUUCCGCUACCCUUCAUCCACAUGCAGCCAGCCUAUUUUCUCCCCUCGCACUGCCUCUUUUCUGUUCGAAAUUUCCGGAAAAUGGCUUAGGACUUCUCCAGGCUCUCAUCUGAGUUCCUCGCGUCAACGUCUGAAUGGAGAUGGAACAAAUUCAGAUGGAUAUCUGACAGAAAAGUCCUCUUCUCAUCGUCGAAAGCAUUCUGUCGCAGGCAAAUUUCGCGCUUUAACUCUACCGCCAACCGCUGGCCAGAUUAAGCUUUGUCCUUCUCGCCCGAUCUUCCGAAGGACUCCUUCCCCGUCUAUCGGGUCUUCGUCUUCCUUAUCAUCGUCGACUUCGGCACCCGCUGUUCCUCUUCCCAUUCAUUCAUCAACUUCCUGGAUUGGCCGACAAGUCGCUGCCACUCUACAACUCUUCACAAAGACCGAAGGCGAUUCACAGACCAAUGAUGUUCAUCCUUCAACAGACCAUCACCAGCGAUCAGCUUCCCUCGGAAAUAGCGGAGACGUUGCACAGCCUAAAUUCGAAUUCGUGAAGCGCUCAGAAUGGCCUGACCGUGAGGUGGUCGUGCUCAGGAGAGACAAAAGUACGGUUACGCUACACAGAGUCAGGACGAGAGAAAGCUUCAAGUUGGCCAGCUCUGAUCACAAACAGCAAGGAGAUAACAAGGCUCAGGAAAGAAAGCUGUCUGUCACUGACUUGAAUCAAUGGCGGAAAGACGUUAGCAAAUGA